AUGCCAUAUCUCACCACGCACGACGGAACCGAGAUCUACUACAAGGACUGGGCGGCCAACAAGGAUGGCGCUGCCUCCUCGUCGCGGGGGACGGUGGUGUUCUCGCACGGCUGGCCGCUGAACAGCGACAACUGGGAGAACCAGAUGUUCUUCCUGGCCAGCAAGGGGUACCGGGUCGUGGCGCACGACCGCAGAGGCCACGGCCGGUCCAGCCAGCCCUGGACGGGCAAUGACAUGGACACGUACGCCGACGACCUGCUGGCACUGUUCGAACACCUCGACCUGAGGGACGUCAUGAUGGUCGGCCACUCCACGGGAGGCGGCGAGGUAGCCAGGUUUCUAGGCCGUCAUGGAUCCAGUCGGGUCAAGAAGGCGGUGCUGGUGAGCGCGGUGACGCCGCUGAUGCUCAAGACCGAGCGCAACCCCAAGGGUACGCCCGUCGAGGUCUUUGACUCGUUCCGCGCCGCCAUGAUCCGGGACCGCGCACAGUUCUUCCUCGAUGUCCCCACCGGUCCGUUCUUCGGAUUCAACCGCCCCGGCGCAAAGGUCUCCCAGGGCCUGAUCCAGUCUUGGUGGCUGCAGGGCAUGAUGUGCGGCUUCGUCAAUGCCUACGAGUGCGUCAAGGUCUUUUCCGAGACGGACAUGACCGAGGAUCUCAGGGCCAUUGAUAUUCCCGUGUUGAUCCUGCACGGUGAUGAUGAUCAGAUUGUCCCCAUCGAGGCCAGUGCGCACGAGGCCAUCAAGCUGUUGAAGAGGGGAAAGCUGGUGGUUAUCAAGGGCGGACCGCAUGCGCUGCCUAACAUUCACGCCCAGGAGGUCAAUGGCGAGUUGUUGAAGUUUUUGGAGGAGCAUGAACCCGGCAAAGGUUGGUAA